UUUUGCCCUGCAAACGCAUUUGCUUAAUUUGAAAGACAUUCAAUUUUCUUUCGUUUUAUAAGAAUUUCAAUUCUGCUAUUUAAUUUCUUUUCAAUCUAGAAUCUUUUGUCAUAAAUCUCGUGCAAUGUCAGACAACUCUGAAAUCCCGGCCGCUAGUCAAGUCAGCGAUAUUACCAAAAACACUGCAGGCCUUUCCUUGAGCGUCAAGGCUAAGGAGUUCAGGCCCACUUUUAACGCCAAGGCCCCGGCAUUUGUGCCCAGGGCUCUUGGGCCCAAGCCAGCUGCUGCUACCCCGGCACCAGCAGCGGCCCCUGCCGCUGCUGCACCCAAAGCUAUGUCUAUCAGCAUUGGCGGUGCCGCCCCUGCACCCGCCCCUGCACCCGCAGCCGCAGCCGCAGCCGCAGCCGCACCCGUCACAGUGCCCACCCCUACCCCUGCUGCCACUCCCGUUUCUGCACCCGCACCCGCCGCACUCGAGCCAAUUGUUGAGACCCUCGAGGUUGACGACGAUGUGCUUUUGGAUGAGCACUUCAAGGAGCACAUCAACGUCAUUUUCAUGGGCCAUGUUGACGCCGGAAAAUCCACGCUUGGUGGCAACAUUCUUUUCUUGACUGAUAUGGUUGAUAAGCGUACCAUGGAGAAAUACGAGCGCGAGGCCAAGGAGUGCGGUCGCGAGUCGUGGUACUUGUCCUGGGCUCUGGAUACCAACCAGGAGGAGCGCGCCAAGGGCAAGACAGUCGAGUGUGGUCGUGCCUUCUUUGAGACCAGCAAGCGCCGCUAUACCAUUUUGGACGCACCCGGCCACAAGAACUUUGUUCCCAGCAUGUUGGGGGGUGCCUCACAGGCUGAUUGCGGCGUGUUGGUCAUCUCGGCGCGCAAGGGUGAGUUUGAAACCGGAUUCGACCGUGGAGGCCAGACCCAGGAACACGCAUAUUUGGCAAAGGCAGCCGGCGUGCGCUGCUUGAUUGUGGCUAUUAACAAGAUGGACGACCCGACCGUCAAUUGGAGCAAGGAACGCUAUGAUGAAAUUAUAGCCAAGCUUCUUCCCUUCCUCAAGAGAGCCGGCUAUCCCAAGGCCGACCUCAUAUUUUUGCCCAUCUCUGGCUACACCGGCGCUGGUGUUAAGGACCGCGUCGCUCCCGCCAACUGCCCCUGGUAUAGCGGACCCUCGCUGCUUGAGCAUCUCGACGGCCUGCAGACCAUUGAGCGCAAGAUCAACGGACCUCUGCGCAUCGCCAUCAGCGAGAAGUACAAGGACAUGGGCACUAUCGUCUCGGGCAAAGUUGACUCGGGUCACAUCAAGGUCAACCAGAAGGUUGUCAUUAUGCCCGACAAGCGCGUGUGCGAGAUCAGCACCAUCUAUGGCGAGAACGAGUCGGAAGUGCAAACGGCGAUCUGCGGAGACAAUGUGCGCAUCAAGCUGCGUGGUAUCGACGAGGACGCUGUUCAGCCCGGCUACGUGAUCACUGACACCAAGCACCCUUGCCACAGCACUCGCGCCUUUGAGGCGCAGAUAAGCAUUUUGGAUGCGAGGAACAUUAUCACUGCCGGCUACAAGUCCGUCCUGCAUGUUCAUUCGGCCAUCGAGGAGGUCACUAUCACCAAGCUGCUGCACAAGUUGAAGAAGGGUCUGAAGAGCAAGGUGCCGCCUGCUUUUGUCAAAACCAACGAGUCGUGCAUUGUCCGCAUUGAGACCAACAGGGCCAUUUGCCUUGGCCGCUUCACUCUGCGUGACGAGGGUAAUACUAUUGCCAUCGGUAAGAUCCUCAGGGUUGCCAAGCCCUCAUCUGGGACAGCCUCUACUAAUGCUGCCGCUACUGCUGCCGCCACUGCUGUAGCCGAGUAACCAUUUGGCGUUCAUAACCCAACCCUUUUUCUCAACUGGAUAAACAU